GCGCGGGAAGGAGCGGGUCUCCGGCGGGACUAAGUGCGGUGGCACGGGCGACGCGUGGCCCGAAAAGCAGGACCUGCCCGCCGGCUACAACCCUUCCGUCCUCCGCUCCCCAACGCGAACCACUCUCGGGUCUACCAUCCCCGGGCCGACGCCGCCGGCCCCGUCCACCCGCCCGUCCUCGGCCCCCGGCCGCCAAACCCGACCUCCGCAAGGCUGAAAGAAUUCAAUAAAGAGUCCGAGCCCACAGCCCUCUUCUGGCCCCCAACUCUCAACCACGAAGAGGACACCUCGAACCCCGGCUCUGCGGCCCCGGGGCAGCCCCGGAGAGCCGUCGGCGUGCGCCCCGCGCUCAGGACCACCCUGGCCGGCCGGAGAAGCCGCCCCGUGGCCGGCACGCCGUCCCGCCGCCGUCGCGGACACCCGAAACUCUUUGCAGCUCAAGGCUGCCCGCUUUGUGUCUCCUGCCGCUGACCUUGGCCCGUGCGUGUGAGCUGAGCUGAGCUCAUCGGCCGCCUAGAACAGGAUCAUGCAGCUGGAGAUCAAAGUGGCUCUGAACUUCAUCAUCUCAUAUUUGUACAACAAGCUGCCGCGCCGCCGGGCAGACCUGUUUGGGGAGGAGCUAGAGCGGCUUUUGAAGAAGAAAUAUGAGGGCCACUGGUAUCCUGACAAGCCAUUGAAGGGUUCUGGCUUCCGCUGUGUCCACAUUGGGGAGAUGGUGGACCCUGUGGUGGAGCUGGCCGCCAAGCGGAGUGGCCUGGCAGUAGAGGAUGUGCGGGCCAACGUGCCGGAGGAGCUGAGCGUCUGGAUCGACCCUUUUGAGGUGUCCUACCAGAUCGGGGAGAAGGGCACUGUGAAAGUUCUCUACCUGGACGAUAGCGAGGGCGGCGGGACCCCCGAGCUGGACAAGGAGAUCAAGAGCAGCUUCAACCCUGAUGCCCAGGUAUUUGUACCCAUCAGCAGCCAGAACAGCUCCCUGUGCAACUCCCCGUCUCCAUCCUUCGGCCAGUCCCCCAGCCCCACCUUCAUCCCCCGUUCCUCCCAGCCCAUCACCUUCACCACCGCCUCCUUCGCUGCCACCAAAUUUGGCUCCACCAAGAUGAAGAAAGGUGGUGGGGCGUCCGGUGGGGGGGGGGUGGCCAGCAGCGGGGCCAGCGGCCAGCAGCCAGCACAGCAACAACCUCGUGUCGCCCGCUCACCCACCACCAACCUGCAGAAGCACAAGAGCCUGUCUUUAUCUAUGCAUUCACUGAACUUCAUGGCGGCCAACGCGGCCCCACAGUCCCAGCUCUCACCCAAUGCCAAGGAGUUUGUCUACAACGGUGGUGGCUCGCCCAGCCUCUUCUUUGACGGGGCUGAUGGCCAGGGCGGCGGGGCUGGCACCUGCAGUGGUGGCGGCAGCGGCGGCAGCUUCGACGUGGCCCAGGUGUUCGGAGGUGGCACUAACAGCCUCUUCCUGGAGAAGACGCCCUUCGUGGAAGGCCUCAGCUACAACCUGAACAGCAUGCAGUACCCCAGCCAGCCAUUCCAGCCCGUGGUGCUGGCCAACUGACCGCCCCCCGCCUGUCAGGCCAGGGGCGCUCCAGACCAGGGAAAAGAGAAAGGAAAGGAAAGGCCAAAAACACGAGGGCAAGAAAACGAUCCAAGAAGAGGCUCCAUCUUUUCCCUCUCGCUUCUAGAAGAAAGAUCCGGGGCUCGGGCGAGGAGUGGGAAGGGCUCAGAGCACCGAAUUGUGUUUAACUCCACCACUUGACGUUUUCCUGCCUGCCUCUGAUUUAUUCGGUUGAUUUGGGUUUUGUAUUUUUCCUUUUUUUUUUUUUUACAUGUAGUUUUCCUUAUACCAUCGUUAAUUAGUGGCUUCCUGUGCGAAGAAUGGCGCAGCUGUGACUCGCAGCCCCCCCCUCCCUCCCUCCUUCACACUCCUUUAAGGAUGG